AUGCAAAAUCCUCAAAAUAGUGAAAAUAAAGUCAUUUUUGUUGAAGAUGUUGUAAGAGAUUUUGACGAAAAUGAAAUUUUUGAAGAGAUAACUGGGAAAUUUACAUGGGAACAAGAUGUUGAACGAUCAUGGAAUUUGCUGGUAGAAAAUAAUGGUGUGCUACAACAUGUUAGCCAAGAGAAUGACGAAAAUGAAAAUAAAGAGAAAUAUAAAAAGAACCAAGGAUCUUCUUUAAGGAAAGGAAUAUUUAGACACAUAAUCAUACUAUUUGACAUGUCUAGUAGUAUGAAAGAAAGGGAUUUAAAACCAGAUAGGAUAAAUGUAGCUUUAGAAUGUGUGGAAUCAUUUCUAAAAAACUUUUUCUUCAAGAAUCCUGUUGGACAUGUUGGUGUAGUAGCUUUAAAGAAUAGUUCAGCUAAAUUAAUACAACCAUUUACAUCAAAUGUAGAUGAUAUAUUAAAUUCCAUAUUAAAGGAAAGAACAGCAGGUCUUCAAGGUUCACCUUCAUUGGAAGAAGGAUUACAGAUAGCACAUGAUUUAUUAAUCGAUAUGCCAUUAUAUGGUACAAAAGAGGUUUUAAUAAUGUAUGGAUCUAUAAGAACAUGUGAUAAGAAAAACAUUUUAAAUGUAUUAGAAUUAUUAGUAAAAAGUAAUAUAUAUGUAAAUUGCAUUUCAAUAGCUCCAGAAAUGUAUAUAUUAAAGCAUAUUUGUGAAAAAUCUAAUGGUUUUUAUAAAAUAUGUACAAGUAAAAAUUCUUUAAUGAAUGAAAUAAAUAAUAAUGCUGAAACACCUUUAUGGAUGCAAGGUAUGGAACCUCAAUUAAUUCAUAUAUGUUUUCCAACAAAGAAAAAAAUCAGUACACAAAUAAUGUGUUCAUGUCAUGGGAAAUUAAAUACUGAUACAUAUGUAUGUAAUUUUUGUAAUAGUUAUACAUGCAAAAUACCAUCCAAAUGUAAAGUAUGUGGUAUACAUUUAAUAUCAAUGCACGAUCUUUCACAUAUUACAAAUAAUCUUCAAGGUUCCCCUUUAUUCAUAGAAAUAAAAAAUGAACAAGGAAUAUAUAAAGUAUGUUCAUCAUGUAAUCAACAAUUGUAUAACAAAAUAUACCAAUGUACAAAAUGUCAAUAUAUUUUUUGUCUUGAAUGUGAUAUUUUUAUACAUGAAGAAUUAAAUCAAUGUCCCUUCUGUUUAAUUAAUGAUACAUAA